ACGGGAACAGGAGCAUCUUCCAACAUGGCGGCGGCGGUAGUGGCAUCCAAGCGCCUGUGCUUCAACCUGCCGUGUGCGGCUCUGUUUCUUAUCCUGCUGCUUUUCCUUCAGCCUGGAGAAGGACAGAAGAAAAAAGAGAACAUGCUGGUGGAGAAGGUGGAGCAGAUGAUGGAGUGGAGCUCUCGGCGCUCGGUGAUCAGGAUGAACGGAGAGAAGUUUCGUCGUUUUGUUAAAGCGCCGCCGAGAAACUACUCUGUCAUCGUCAUGUUCACGGCACUGCAGCCUCAGAGACAGUGUUCUGUCUGCAGACAGGCAAAUGAGGAGUAUCAGGUCUUGGCGAACUCAUGGCGUUACUCAUCUGCUUUCUCCAACCGACUCUUCUUCACUGUGGUCGACUACGAUGAAGGGGCCGACGUCUUUCAGCAGUUGAAUAUGAACUCUGCUCCCACCUUCAUGCACUUCCCGGCUAAAGGGAAGCCGAAGCGAGCCGACACCUUCGACCUGCAGAGGAUCGGCUUCGCUUCUGAGCAGCUGGCAAAGUGGAUCCACGACCGCACUGAUGUACAGAUCCGCGUCUUUAGGCCCCCAAAUUACUCGGGUACGAUCGCUCUGGCGCUGCUGGUAUCCCUGGUCGGAGGUCUUCUCUACCUGCGCAGGAACAACUUGGAGUUCAUCUACAACAAAACGGGCUGGGCCAUGGCUGCUUUGUGCGUGGUGUUCGCUAUGACCUCCGGACAGAUGUGGAAUCACAUCCGUGGUCCUCCAUAUGCCCACAAAAACCCGCAGAAUGGCCAAGUGGGACGUCUCUCUGUAACUGCUGCUGGGGUGAAACUUUCUUCUCCACAUUUCCCCAUGUGCUGGUGCGCAGUUUAGUGUUGAUGAGGCGUCAGGGAGUGUCGCACCAUCUGCCACCCGAACAUGGUGGAGCUCUCAGGAGCCGCCUCACACUCCAUCUGCACCUUCAUGACUCUUAUGCUGCAGAACAUGAUGCGGGGAAAAAGAACAUAUGGGAGAGGAGAACGCUUCAUCCGUGUUAAAAACUGUUCUUACUUCCACUACAAAGAUAAAACAGCAGAAGGAUGCACACCAGUAAUCACCAUGGUAACAGUGCAAAGUUGGGAGAACAAUGUCAACCUAGAAUUAGAUCUUUUUUUGUAUCAGACCUAAAAGUACCAGACACACUUUGUGGACACCUGACCAUGAGAUUGCUUUGUGCUUCUUUUUGAACAUCCCAGUCCACAUUCAGUCUCCAUUCCCUGUUAGAAUGAGCUCCACUCUCCAGGGAAGAUGCUCCACCAGAUUUUGUGGAGAGCCAGUCAUCCACAAGGGCAUUAGUAAAGUUAGGAACUAAUGUAGGUUCCUAAAGAGGUUCCUGGAGUGCAGUCAGCAUUAAAAAUUCAUCCCAAAGGUGUUAGAGUUGGAGCUCUAAAGCAGGAACACCCCAUGGAAAAGCAGAUCUUUCAUGCACGAAAUGCAUCCAAAGACUUCCGAUACAUUUGUGUGCCUCCAACUUUGUGGGAAGCACAUCUGGGUGGAAACUUCCGGUGUUCCGAUACUUGUAUGUAUCAAACCUUUGGAAUUGUGCAUCAAGGCCCAUGAUGGAAAAUGUCAAGCUAAUUUCACCGAGUAUGCUAACUCCGAUAACGGGUAUAAAUUCAUCAUCACUUAUGAUAUUUUUUUCAUGUAGCAGCUACGAUGUUCCACGACGUCGCCUCCUGACUCCUUUAUGAAUAUUCACAAACCGUUAGAAAAUAAAACCCAGACGGAAAAGAUCAAGGAAGUCGUUCGACAUCCAUUUAUUAACCACAAUAACAAUUACAGAUGCGAUUUCUGCCCGAAAGGAACGAAAUGGCAGCCGUGAUGUUUCCCAGAAGCACUUAAAAUUCUACAACGCAAAUAUCACGCGCUUUACCUCCACCAACAUCAUUAAUCAUAAGCGCUUAAUAACCACCGUCUUUAACGUCUCCACAGGGGGAAGUCCUGCUUUAAAAGUGCGACAAAUGCACCAAAAACCUCCGUCUAGCGCACAUUUCUCCUCCACUCGUCUUCCUGAGAGAGCAGAGUCGAGCCGGCUCUCGUCUCAUCCAUUAAAUUUGAAACUGUCGAAAGGGAGGAAAGGAAAGAGGGGAAAAAAAAAAAACGGGAUGAACAAGAGCCGAGCUCUGCGGAAUGACAAUUACGGCGAAGCCGCGAAAGGCUAAUGCGCUAGAAAUCGUUAUAAAAGGGUCCGUCGUGUCUCUUCUGUUGUUUGUGAACAAUCGGAGAUUGAUUUGCACGAGCGCUUAGCCGGGUUGCCAUGCCCUCGCCAAAAAAUCCCUGCCCGCCUUAUUCUUCUACUUGGAAGUCUUUCAGCUCUCUGACAUCACGGAGCAGGACUCGCGUUAUGAAUUAUUCAGGUGCGAGCAUCAAGCGCAGUGUCGUAAACAAACCGCUAACGAUGCUGCUGAUCCCUGAGCGCAGACGCCCCUCUCCGAAACUGCUCCGGUCCCAGGAUGCAUCCGGUUUCAUCCCCACGCCGAUGGAAAAGCCUUUACAAUCAACCCCGAGGUCUUUCAGAAUGCUUUUAGAAGUCAAAGAAUUGCUGACUGAGGUUCAGCGUGUCUGUGGGAACUCAGAAGGUGCAACACGGUGUGGCUGCGAUUCAACUUCUGAUCCAAAGUCCAAAACCGAUACGCUACAAAAUAACCAAUCCUGGGAAAAUCCGAGAAAUUAAACGAGAAUAAAACUCAUUUUAUUUAACAUAAUUGGAAGAGACAAAGUCGACCAUAUGGCUAAUGUAAGUGAAUUCAUUCGUUCAUGUGUUCGUUUCUCCGUAGUGGUGUUUAAAUUGUAUGUGUGAACACAAGAAUCAAUAGACAUUGCAAUAUAAUAAAUCAUUUGUGUAAACCA